GUAACACUGGUGCUAGUACUAGUACUAGUACUAGUAGUACCUAGGUAGGUAAUGAGGAGCUGAACGUACGGGUUAGGGUUAUCUAUGGCAUUUUAUCCUUGUUUCCCCAACUUGAAAUCUGUAAUACCCCACACCCCACACUGCGGAUUUCAACCGCCGGAUCCAUCCAUCACGCAUCCACUGUCAUAACCUGAGAGGUACUGUCCGAGUCUCGGUAUCGCAAUAGCCAGACGUAUCAAACAUACCAUGAGUUGAAGCCUGUUCAGGCGGGCGCAUGCAAUUGCAACUGGCAUCGCCUCGCCUUGUUCACAAGAUUAGGUACCUGGGACCAUCCGUGGUGAAAACGCGUGUCUGCGUUCGCGAUGGAUACCCGGAGCGUGCACGACGGAUUGUCCGUCGCCGGGUCGGAAACGUCCAAGCUGAAGCUGCAGCUCCCGGCGAGCUGCGAGCCCCCACAACCGGGGGCGCCGGUCAAGCAGCUGGUUUGGGUUGUGUUCGGCGGCACCGGCCACAUGGGCCGCUCGCUCGUUAAGUCGGCCCUUAGCCACGGCGACCUUGUCACCACAGUUGGGCGCGUCUUUGAGACCUCACCGGAAGCCAUCGCGCAGCUGAACAGCGACACCUGCCUGGGCCAGCUGUGCGACGUGCGCGACAGCGCGUCGGUCGCCCGCGUCAUCGAGCGUACGCUCAAGCGCUUCGGCCGCAUUGACUGCAUCGCGAAUUGCUCCGGGUACGGUGUCAUCGGUGCGUGCGAGGACCAGGACGAGUACGAGCUGCGCAACCAAUUCGAGACCAACUUCAUGGGCACCCUGCACAUCGUCCAGGCCAGCCUGCCCUAUUUCCGCCAGCAGAACGGCGGUCGCUAUCUCAUAUUCAGCUCGACCUCGGGCGCGCUCGGUGUUCCCGGGCUGGGGCCGUACUGCGCAAGCAAGUAUGCGGUGGAAGGGUUGAUUGAGGCGAUGUUGUACGAGGUCGACUCGUUCAACAUCAAGGCCACGCUGGUUGAGCCGGGCUUGGUGAGGAGGGACGAGCCGGACUCGGGGACCAACCCGCUGCCGACAUGGGGCCACUUCCUCAUCAAACCGGAGAGCGAGGCGUACUCGCAUGCCACGUCUCCCGCGCUCCACGCCAAGAGGAUGGUGCAGUGGCUCGGCGACAGGCAGCCGACGAGCGCUGUCAAGUGCGCCGAGCUGGUGUGGCAGCUGGGCCACUGCUCGUACCCGCCGCUCAGGCUGCUGCUGGGGAGCUAUGCAAUCGAGAGUAUCCGGGACCGGCUACGAUCGGUGACGGAGGAGCUGGAGGAUUGGAAGCAUCUCAAUUUCCCGCCUCCGCCGGAUAUUCCCGGAGGGGAGAGGAGUGAGAAGGGAGACAAGGAAGAGAGGGAUGAUAGAGAUGACAGAGAUGAAAGCAAAGAGAGGGAAGACAACGAGUUAAGGCAUGACCGGCAAGAAACGGAUGAAAGAAUGGGCGAAGGGAAAGAAAAGGAGGAGAGGGGAGAUGAGGAUAUGAUGGAAGGGAUAAGUCCGAAUACAAGAGACACGGAAGGCUCGUGACAAGUAUAGUUUGGGGGACCUGAGAGGUUCUCUAUGGGACAUGAUGUCCAUGCUUAUAUGACGCAGUUUCUCCAUCCCUCUUGUGAUGUUACGGCUGGUCGCGGUCUGGUCAUCUUCCUGCAUCUUAGCUCUGACUACUCAUCCUUCGGGUUCCAUACUAUGUCUCGACCCGCAGACGAGAUUGAUACUUGAGAUUGCCAUCGAGGGGACACAAAGUGUAUGCAUAGCUGUGUGCUGCUACACCACAGGUCACAGGAUGCAGUCGUGUAUGGAUUAGACACGGCAGUUGUACGAUACGUAUUGCCUAUCUGCAUAUCAUUGCAUAAAUCGAGAUGUGUCCAAGAUCCUGAAA